UGGAAUUGUUAUACGAUCUGUCAUCUGUCACCAGAGAUAAUCCCCAGUCCCACUAUGUUGUCAUAUUGAAAAUAAACAAACUAUGGAGAAUCUACAGAAAUAUAAGUCGUCCGUAAGCACUGCUAAAAACCCUACAAUAGUUAACGACGAAGUAUUCAAAAAGUUAUUAGAAAAUUGCUUUCAUGUUUUGACGGAAAAAAAGGAAAUACACAGUGUAAGUAGUUUACACAACUCCAAACCAGACUUGAUAACAGAAUUGUAUGCUUCUUUAUUAUCAAUAACGAGUGAAUUUGCCCGACGAAGUAGCAGUAAAGAAGAGAUAUUUGCAUUUUUACAAGAAGAAUGUGGUUUAUCUUCUCAGAGAGCUAAUAUUUAUUAUGACUAUUUUGCCAAAAAUAAACAAAGAUUAGAAAUAUCUUUGUUGAGUAUAGGAAACUAUUUACCUCAUCUAAUAGACGUUAAGUGGAAAAUAGACUAUAUAGUUAAAUCGAGUGAAGUUGAUGCUUCAGAAGGACCCCUUUUUAGAAUAUGCUUAAUCGGACAGCAGUAUGAUUCAGCAGUAGAUGAAAAAGUUUUAACGAAUUAUCACUUUACUUGCAACUCUGUUGAAUUAUUAGAUCUUAUUCAUAAAUUGAAAGAUGCUGCGAGGCAUUGUAAUACAAUAACUCAAAGGCUUUUUUAAAUACAUAUAUUUGUGUUAUAAAUAUUUAAAUCUAAUUUCGAUUAUUAAAUACGGGGUUUUUCUCAAAAAUAUCAAAAUAAAUACAGCCAAUGACAAAAUAUAACUUUGUAGUUUUGGAUUAGGGUACACAUUGCACAUUUAUUUUCUCCAUCUUCUCCUGUCCUGUGCCACUAUCAUCUUUUGAUUUAUUGUCUAUUACCUCUUUUUCCUUUAUCUGUUAUUUGUUCCUUCCAUGUUUCUUUGUCUGACCCUCUUAGUUUCCAUAUUUGUUUUGUUAAUCUAUCUUGUUCCAUCCUUUUUAAAUGUCCAAACCAGUUUAUGGUUCUCUCUUAUAAUUUCAUUCUAUCCAUCCUAGUUAUUCUUUCUAUUUUUCAUAAAUACUUCAUCUUAAUUGCGUUUACUAUCUAUUCUAUUAUUAGUUACUCACUUAAAAUCUCGUAUGAAUUAGAGACAUGAAUAAUGUGUCAGGCUCUUACUUCAUACAGAACACAUUCUGUACAAUACUGAAGAUGAACUGUUUACAGAAGAUGGUAACUUGGUAAGACAGUGUAAUAAUGAGUGUUGAUAUAGUGAUGUAUGAAUAUUCCAAUGGUUCCAGUAAUAUCAACUUAGUAGCUUUCUUCUCUACCAUGAACACACAAAUCCUACUAUUGAUUUCCCAGUUUUUGAUAAAAGUAUUUUUGUUUGUGUUUUGAGAAUCCCAGGACAGAGCAGAUCCAACAAUUCCUACCGAUGUAAAUGUAUCCAGUCAUUGAUUCAAUAUUUAAGUUACUUUUUCUAUUACAUCCUUAUAAUAUAUUUAUGUAUAUUAUAUUUUAUUUUGACCAACCUAAUUACAUCUUGAAACAAGUCAAAGGGAUAGUAGAGAAAUGCAUCUGACCCGAAAUAGAGCAUAUAAUUGGAAAUCCGCCACCGCCUUUGAUGUUUGGUUUUUAUAUAGAAGGCUGUUUAUUUACAUUGUUUCUUUUGAAUCACUUAUAAGAAUUUCUAUUUAUUUAUUUUCUAGAAGUUUUUAGAAUUCUUUUGGGAUAUAUAAGGAGUUUCUGUAGCGCGUUUAGUUCAGUUUAUAAUAAAUAGUCGUAGUGAACAGACCGAAAUAGAAAGUAAUCGAAGAAUUUGAAUUAAAUUAUUCAAGUUAGUUAAUUGUUAGUGAUAAAUGAAUUAAUAUAAGGUGUUUAAGUGUGUGUAUAGUGUUACGAAUAGAAAUUGUAUGAAUAAAUAAGAAAAACAUUACAAUAUGAAGAUUCUUGUUGUAGAGGAUUUCUAAAGUUGAUGGUAGCGUAGAUCUGAAUCAAAAUAGGCUGUAUAUUAGGCUCAAUUUUAUAAGGAAAAGAAUAAAAAUGAGAAUGUAAAAAGAAAUAAAAAUAUUUUAAUUUAUAUUGGUUUUAAAGAAUAAUAAUGCUGGAUAUUAUUAGGUAUAGAAAAUUGUAUUUUCCAAUCACUAUUAGAGUUCAAAGUGUUUUAAAAGUGUUAAUUAUCAUUUAUUGCUAGAAUUUUAUAAAUAAAAAUUGAA